AUGAAUGAGGCUAGCAGAUUUUUGAAGGAAUUUCACAUAGCAUGUGCGGGGAUGAAACCGGCUGGUGUCACCCUCGACCAGCUCAAGUUAAAGGCAUUUCCUUUUGCCUUGUCUGAUGCUGCCAAGGAGUGGUUAUUUGAAGUACCUGCUGGAACCAUCACAACAUGGGAUCAAAUGCUAAAAGUAUUCGCAGAAAGAUAUUUUCCAGCAUCUUUGAUAGCCAAUAUCAGGAAAGAAAUAUGUGGAAUUCGACAAGACGAUGCAGAGACACUUCAUGAGUACUGGGAGCGUUUCAAGAAACUAUGUGAUAGUUGCCCAAACCAUCAGAUCAGUGAGCAAUUAUUAAUACAUUACUUUUACGAAGGACUCAGAGAGACAGACAGGAAUCUAGUUGAUGCAGCAAGUGGUGGAGCACUGGUUGACAAAACACCCGCAGAGGCAAAGAAACUGAUUGCAAACAUGGCUGCAAACUCUCAGUAUCGAGGAGGUCGAAAUAUCACGUCCACCUCUAUACGUCAAGUUAAUGAAGUGGUGAGUUCUAACCUCGAGCAACAAGUAGCUAAACUCACUUCCUUAGUGGAGCGAGUAAUGAUCGAAAAAGGGCAAGAAAAAGUAUGUGGCCUUUGUUCAAUGGUAGGACACCCAACUGAUAUGUGUCCUACUCUGCAAGAAGAAGAAGUGAAUUCGAUUGGUGGUGGUCAGGGGCAGCAAAGACGUUAUGAUCCAUUCUCUCAGACUUAUAAUCCGGGGUGGAGAGAUCAUACAAAUCUGAGAUAUGGUAAUGCUCAGUAG